AUGUCAAAAACAACCCUCCCAACAAAAUGCAACCCCCUCGCCCCCCAUCUCACAGAAACCGUCCACGACUACCUAGACAAAACCUGGUCCUUCUCCAGCGAGGCCUACAAGUCCGCGUUUUUCGCAAUGGACUUCCCCCGCCUCCUCGCCCUAAUCUGUCCCGAGGGCCCGGCAGAUAGACUCGAAAGCGCGGCGCUGUUUGUCUGUUUAACGGGGCUUUUGGACGAUGCAUUCAGCCAGAUAUCCAUCCCUGCUUCGCGGGUAAUAGGUGCGAAACUGCUACACAUAAUGCAGGGGACUGCGAGUGCAGAUUCAUCAAGUCCAUUAGAGACGAUCCUGAUGAAGAUUAUCAACGAUAUGAAGGCCCAGAAUAAGGAACUUGCGAGCGAUGUCCUUAAAGGUGCAAUUGCGCUGUUCCAUGCGCAGACCAGUAAGGCGCGGCUGGGCGUUACUCAGCUUGAUGAGUAUUUUGAGUUUAGAUUUAGGGAUUUCGGUGGGGAAUUUUUCACGGCGUUGAUUCGCUUCGUGAAUAACAUUGUUCUCACAAGUUCCGAGAUGGAGACUUUCCAGUCUCUGGAAAGGGCUGCUGUCAGGCAUGUGAUUAUUGCGAAUGAUAUCUUGUCCUGGGAGAAGGAGCUUAAAGAGGCCGCGGAGGGUAACCAGGACGGCGCGGAGCUUUGCUCGGUUAUUCCUAUCCUGGCUAGGAAUCUAGGGAUCGGAUUUGACGGUGCGAAGAGGGUGCUUUGGGUGACGGCGAGAGAGCUAGAGGGUAAGAUGGAUGUGUUGACUGAGGGUUUGGAGCUUUCUCCUUCAGGGGAGAGGUAUGUCGAGGCCUUGAAAUAUAUGGCCAGUGGUAAUGAGGAGUGGUCUCGCACGACAAGCCGGUAUAAGGUAUAUUAA